CAUCUAUUCAUUUUCAUACAUCAUUGUUGGAAAAUUGGAUCAUAGAUUCCAAAAAUCUCGAAUUUUAUGAAAAAAUCGAUCAGAAAUUGAUAUAAACGAGUUGAAUUGGUUGCAAGAACAUGGAAAUUAUGGGAAGUGGUUCAGAGGGUUCAAGUGAAACUGUCUCUACACAAUCAUCAUUGAUCAGUGGUAUACCAGAUGAGAUUGCUCUAAUAUGUUUGGCGAGGAUUCCUCGUAGAUAUCAUUCACUCCUGAAAUGUGUUUCAAGGAAAUGGCGGGAUUUGGUUUGCAGUGAAGAGUGGCGUUCCUAUCGUCAAAAGCAUAAUUUGGCUGAAACUUGGAUUUAUGCAUUGAGUAAAGACAAAAUGGAUCAACUUUGUUGUUAUGUAUUAGAUCCGAGUUUGCCCAAAAAAGGUUGGAAGCGUAUCCCUGACCUUCCAACUCGUUGUUUGAAAAGAAAAGGUGUAGGCUUUGAAGUUUUGGGUAAAAAGAUAUACUUUAUGGGUGGAUGUGGUUGGAUUGAAGAUGCUACAGAUGAAGCUUUUUGCUACGAUGUUAGUAGGAAUGCAUGGAGCGAAGCUUCUCCUUUGUCAACUGCAAGGUGCUACUUUGCCUGUGCAGCAAUGGAUGGUAAAAUGUAUGCUAUUGGUGGGCUAGGAUCAAAAUCCGUCGAUCCACAUUCUUGGGACACUUUUGAUUCUGACAAAAACGUAUGGACAUCUCAUAUGGAUCCAAACGUUGUCCCAGAAAUCGAAGAUACUCUAGUAGUAGAUAGGAAAAUUUACAUCAGAUGCGGGUCUUCGGCUGUAUCUUCUCAUGUGUAUGCAGUCGUGUAUGAUCCAUUAAACGGCACAUGGCAACAUGCAGAUGCUGAUUUGGUGUCUGGCUGGCGAGGCCCAGCAAUAGUAGUGGAUGAAACUCUUUAUGUGUUAGAUCAGAGUUCAGGAACCAGAGUGAUGAUGUGGCGAAAAGAUACUAGAGAAUGGGAAGCAUUUGGAAGACUAGCGUCUAUUCUUACCCGGCCUCCUUGUCAGCUUGUUGCUAUUGGCAAGAAGAUAUAUGUGGUUGGAAAGGGGCUUAGCACGGUGGUUUUUGAUGUUGAUAAAGCUGCUAAUAUGGAUGGAGUGUUGGUUAGUACUUCUGUGCCAAAGUUACCUUCUGAUGAUGAUGUAAUUAGGUGCAAGUCUGUAUCGUUGUGAUCCUUUUUUGUAUACAAUAAGCCUUUGUUUUACUUGAUUGUGCACCCUAGAAAAAUCUUGCUUGACAUAUAGUCACUACAAGAAAGAUGGCUAAUUAUGAAGACAUUUCUAUUGGGGUUGUUUGAAUUUCACUUACAGACACUUAAUGUUUGUGCAGACUUAUCGGAUUCAGUAUCAAGUUCUCUACUUUGUACGUUUUAUAUAAAAUGAAACAAGUGUUGGAAUGUAUUCUUAUGAUUAGUCCUUCAGGUUAAGGAAUUGUCUUGAGCACAAUGUGUCAAAUGAAUUUGAUUAUUACAAUGUCAUAUAGCAGAAGCAUCUUUAAAUA